AUGCCUAAGGGUAGUCAGUUCAUCAUUCACGCCUCGGGCGAGACAACGCACUACAUCGCCGACGACUUCACCGAUCCCUGGAAACCCGAUCGACAAACAGUCCUGCUUCAAGGCGGGUUUGCUCGCCAUGCAGCCUUCUUCUACCAUUGGGUUCCUGCUCUAUCUCGGCAUUACAACGUGAUCCGUCGAGACUUGCGCGGACACGGGUACUCCAGUGCGCCAUCCAUCUCUAAGAGACCAGACGUAUACACUCUUGACGCUAUUCUCGGCGAUAUCAUCGACACGCUCGAUCAGCUUGAAAUUGAAAAGGUGCAUUUCUUUGGUGAGAGUACCAGCGGCAUGUUAGGAGAGAUUCUCGCGGCAAAGCAUCCCGAACGGCUACAUAGUCUGACGAUCUGCUCUUCUCCCACUUACCUUCCGGAGGGUACCCAGAAAUUCCUCGCGUUCGGAGAAGAAAGCUUCGCCACGGCUUGCCGGGUACUAGGUUCUCGAGAAUGGGCGAGUAGGUUGAAAUCCUCGCCGGGGACCAUGGCCCAUCCAGAUCCGGGUUAUCAUCGCUGGUGGCUAGAACAGAUAUCAGUCAGUUCUGGUGAAGGACUGGCCAGUUACGCUGAGUUCCUCAGCACGCUUGAUGCGCGACCGUUUCUCUCUCAGAUCCGGAUUCCCGUCCUCAUUCUGGGGCCUGCAAACAGUGCUGCGACAAAGUUGGAAGAGCAGAAAGCAAUCCAGCAGCAGAUCCGAGGUAGCAAAUUGGUCGUGGUGGAAGGGGCAGGACACGAGAUAUACGUGGACAAAGCUGACGAGUGUGUUGGAGAAUUCCUGGAUUUCAUUCAGAAGUUCAAAGGAUAG